CGAACAGACCAACCAAAGCGAGGUUGGAAUCCAGAUUCCGUGACCCUGUUCCUGCCAAGCCGACACAGACGCUAAAUUGAGGACAUGUUUGGGGGCCACUGAGGGGGAGAACAUGGGAUCAAAGAAGUACCUACUGUGGAAGGUAAGUACCCAAGUAAGCAGGUUCAAAGUUGAAAGAACGUUGACUCACGCCGUGCUACAUGUGUGGUGCGUCAUUGCCGUCCUCACCAACGACUUCUCGUCUAUAAAAACAAAACGGCAGGCCCCCUCCAGAGUAGAUUGUUUUUUUCCGUUUCAUUCUUCUUCUUCUUGGUAUCACUCGCCAAUACCAUCUCUCCUCGUUCAUCACUGACUUGCUCAUCCCAUACAUCUUCUCCCACUGGGGAUGCCCCUGAAAAACAACCGAUACACCAAGCUUACCCGCCUAUUUUCGAGAUCUAAGACUACCAACAUGGCGACUACCGAUAAUAUGGCUACCGACAACUCGGCUGCCGCGCACCCAGAGUACGAUCUCUUGAUCGUCACCGAUGCUACGGCCUCGAUGAAUUCCUUCCUCAGGUCGCUCAAGAGCUCGUUGAACGACAUCAUCCGCAUCUCGGCUACAACCGCCUGCUUUUCUCGAAUCGGUGUUCUCGGAUACAGAGACUACCACAGCGGCAUGGCAGUCACCGAGUGGUCUGGAUGGCACAGCCGCGAUGCCCAAUCGGAGGUGUCUGGGGCGGGAUUACUGGCCUUCGUCGACGGACUCAAGACUGGGCCCGGUGUUGACUGGCCCGAAGCGGUGAAGACCGGCCUUGCUCUCGCCUAUCAACUCAUGCGCCCGACGGCGAAGACGAUCAUCCUGAUGUAUGCCGAUGCCCCCCCGCACACGGAGCUGACAGGAGGCUUGUGGCAAACGGAACUGGACAAGCUCCGCGAGCCCGGGGUUUACGGCGGGAAUGGGAAGCUCUUUGAGGACUGGACCUCGAUCUCCCGAACCCUGAGCGAAGGCGAGAAACAGGCACAAGUGUUCAGCAUCAUCAAAUCGAACAACUACGGGUUAACCUACGAACCCGAUCCCAUGUUUCUGUACCUCUCGUCGUGCACCGGGGGCGUCUGCAUGGCGCUCCGGGCGAGCCCAACGCCGACCACCAUUUCCGAGGUGACCAUCGGCCUUCUGUUAGCUUGGAUGGGUGCGACCAAGCAGGGCGCUACACUGGACACAAGGGCCGUCGCUGACCACUUACGCUACCUCGACGGCAGCAAGGUCAACCAGCUCACGUCGGAAAAAGACGAAACCGGCGUUCGUUAUCUGCCCAUUUCCACCGCAGCCGCUGACGAGCACGCUCUCAGGGCUAACAUCGCUCGCCUUGGGGUCUCACUGGAAACCAUGUCCCAGGUCGUCCCGACCCGAGAGCCCCCGGUCAUGGACUUCGCCAAGAGGUACAAGGCUGACCCCGAAUAUCAGGGGAUCGUCAUCGAGCAGCUGACCGACAUCAUCGAGUCCGACGUGUCCGCCCUUGCCGUCAACCCCGUCUUCGGUGCGCUCUGGAGGACGGUCUGCAACGACCGGCUCAACCCUGCCCGCGAUGGGCUGAUCACUAAAUUCGGCUUGGAGGUUGACAGGAUUGCGGAUGCGAGCAAGAAGGACCGCUUGAAGCAGUGGUUGGAGGAGUCGUACGACUUCGCGGCAGAGAUUGCCGAGAUGAUCGGGGCGGUGCCGGAGGAAUCCCGGUAUCCAUGCGUCUUCCUCGACCCCACGGUGCGGUUCGCGCCCGCCGAGGAUGCAGAAGAUGACACGGAGAACUCAAACUCGAUGGAGUUCUCGCGCGACGAGUUGCUAGAGAUCGGGCGGUCCUGCGACUACCGCAUUCUGCGUCGACUCGGCCGCAUUCUCACCCGCCUAACGUACGUGAACUCGAAGGAGGACCUCCCUGCCCAUGUCAAGGAUGUCUCGGAAACCGAGCUUCCCAAGAUUCCCAUCGUACUGGCGCAGCCUGAACACAAGAGAAAGUUCUGGAAGGCACUUCUGCACACAGUCCUUCCUGGGACCAUGCUGGGUGCCCGCCCCGCAGCGUUGUUGGCAGCCCUCAGCGUGCGGAUGGGGAUCAAGCCCCUUGAGGAGGCGGCCUACACCGAGCUUAUGGCUUGGCGGGACAACUGGAACACACUUGAUGUCCCCGAAACGUGGAGCUUGGGCUGUCUCGGCCUUCUUCUAGAGGCCGACAAGAAGCACCGGCAGCUGGCGGUGGAAACCCAAUCAGCCGUGACAGGCGGUGAAACCGUUCUGAAGGAAGAGGAUCGCAAACUGUUUGAGACCCUCGUCGACUACAAGCUGCUGGAGAUGAACCUGUCUACGACGCUCACGGCAGAGGUUGGCUGGACCCCGAACAAGAGCAAAGCGCCUCUAGGGCCGGUUGUAACCUGUAACGCUUGCGAGUUCCCCCGAUCAGUGACGGUUAUGGCCGAAGAUGGCAUGUGCGGGCUGUGCUCGGCAGCUCGCGAGAUCGAGGACAAGGAAUCACGGGAGGCCCUCGUGAAAGGGGGCGUGUCUAGUUCCGAUAACAGCAGCACCGCAAUAGCCUGGAACGAGUGCUCCAUGACGGACUGCAGGGCACAGUACGUGUUGUACCACCCGGAAAGCCUCAAUGUCCGUCCCAAGUGCCACUACUGCCGACAAGUCGGCAGAACUUCUCAGACGGACCCCAACUACAAGGCCCUCACAACUGCCCCCUGCGUCACCUGCAUCCAAUGCACCAACCGCAUCAUCUGGCCCGUCGCCUACCGCCCAUCCUCCUUCGACGAAUCCACCUACAAAUGCUCCGCCUGCACCUCGGGCGCCAACCUCACCAUCACCACCGUCGAGACGACCGCGUCGUCACUCGCCGAGGAGAACGGCACGGCCUGGCUCCUCCGCAACGACGACGCCACCAUCCCCACCCCCUUCACCAACCGCUCCCUCUACCGCACCAUCAGCACCCUCCCGGACCCCGCCACCCGCACCACCCUCAUCCCCACCAACGUCGCCAUCCUCCCGCACACUCAAACCACCCUCACCCACCGCGGCAAACCAAUCCACAACACCCCCCACCUCCUCUCCACCCUCACCUCCUGGAUCACCGCCCGCCGCGCCCAAGCCGGCACCUGCACCCUCUGCUUCACCACGCACCCCAAACGCGCCCUGCACCUCGCCUGCGGCGGCCGCCGCGGCUGUGCCGAGCGCGUGUGCACUGCCUGCGCAGCGGCCUGGUACGGCGCCAACCGGCCGGGGCGCGUGCUCAAUACCGCCGCGCUGACCUGUCCGUUCUGCAGGCGGCGGCCGGCGGCCGGGGCGGCGGCGCUGCCGCGCGCGGUCAGGUGUCUUGCGGGGUUGAGGGAGGCGGUGGGGGAGGCGGGGGAGUGGGUGUAUGCGUGGUGUGUGGAUUGUGGCGGGGCGAAGAGGUAUGUGGAGAGGGUUUGUGCGCACGGGGCGCCGGAGGGGGUGGAGGGGUGGCGCUGUGAGGGGUGUGUUGCGGCGGCGGUAGCUGCGGCUGCUGCCGCGGGUGGGGAUGGUGGUGAUGAUGGGGAGGGGGGUGGUGUGAGGCUGGUGGUGAAGGAGUGUCCUGCGUGUGGCGUGGCGACGGAACGCACGGCGGGGUGUGACCAUAUCUCGUGUCCGUGUGGUAAGCAUUGGUGCUUCAACUGUGCGAAGAUGGUGGCGGAUACGUCUGGUGCCGUGUACAAGCACAUGUCGGCGGUGCAUGGUACGUGGUUUGAGGGUGAAGAGGGGGUUGGAGAUUAUGAGGAUUAUGAGUUUGAGGGGGAGGAAGACGGGGAGGGGGAGGAUGAGGUGGUUUGAGUAGCCGGGAGAG